GUCCGCAGUGCCCCGGUAUCGAGCCGUUGUGCCUGGACCUGGCCGACUGGGACGCCACGGAGGCGGCGGUGGCGGCGGCGGGGCCCUUCGAGCUGCUGGUGAACAACGCGGCCGUGGCCGUGCUGCAGCCCUUCCUGGAGGUGACACGGGAAGCCCUGCAGCGGUCUUUUGAUGUGAAUUUUGGGGCCGUGCUUCAUGUUUCCCAGAUUGUUGCUCGGCAGAUGAUUGCCCAGGGGGUGCCAGGUGCCAUUGUCAAUGUCUCCAGCCAGGCAUCUCAGCGGGCUCUGCGGGACCACACCGUUUACUGUUCCACAAAAAGUGCUCUGGAUAUGCUGAGCAAGGUAAUGGCAAUGGAGCUGGGACCCCACAAGAUUAGGGUGAACACUGUGAACCCCACGGUGGUAAUGACCGACAUGGGAAGAAUUAACUGGAGCGACCCCCAGAAAUCUGCUGCCAUGAUUAACCGGAUCCCGCUGGGAAAGUUUGCAGAGGUGGACGAUGUGGUGAACAGCAUUCUCUUCCUGCUGAGCGACCAGAGCGCUAUGACAACGGGCAGCUCACUGAUGGUUGAUGGGGGAUUUCUUGUCUCCUAAGAUGACACCUGCAUUUCAUACCUGGCCUUAAUUUUCCUACUAGUACCGCAUAGAUGUAAACUGGAUAGAAAACAAUGACACAGACCCAGUCUGGCUGGAGAAGAGGGGCAGCAGGGCUGGAACCUGUAUGAGAAGCGAGGCAGAAAAUUACCUUAAGAAGGCUGCUAUAUAAUAAAGCUCACAUACGCCGUCA